GCUGACCUGAGCGUUUUCCACCGCUAGCAAAACACCGAAUAAUGGAAUUUCUUCUGGAAGAAUGGUGUCGCAUCAUUACAGGAAAGAUCUAAACGCUCAUUGAAUCGAUGCAGGCGAAAUAUUCACGUUAAAUGAGGUUCAUGGGUCUCAUGCUUUUUACAACUUGUUAAGUUACUCGUGUAUGCUGUAUAAGUAUUACAGGGUUAUUUUUAAAUAAUACUCCAUUAAGCGAUGUCCUAAUGAAGCAAUAAGCCUUGUGAAAUAGGCGCCCUCUGGUGGCCGUUAGGAGAGUAUGCGGGUGCAGUGUCUGUCUGUGCUACCAUGAAAUGUUUCCGUCGUGCGGGGCGGAGGCAUUUUAAUGUGACACCCUGAAGAAACGUGUUCUGCUGGAAGGAUACUGCGAAACAAAUGGAAGACGUUUUGAGGCCAUUAUGGAUUACAUCGUUCAGCUUGAUGAGACUGAUAUAAAAUAAACACCAGUCGUUUCACUUAAUAUAUUGAAUGAACAUCCGAAAACCGCUGUUCUAGAAAUGGACCUGCCCGAAACUCUGCACGGGCUCCAGAUAAAGGAGGGACAUGGAGAUGGAGACUCCAGCCCCGGUCUUCAGUCUGGGCGGCCGGUCCCCGAGGUGCUCCGCCAAAUCCGGGACUCUCUUGGCGACAUGCGCUCUUCCUCGGAACGGCAGCCCGGAAUUGUGGACACCAUCAGGAAGCUCUUUCAGACUGGUAGUGCCCACUGGCUUUUCUCUGCCUGUUGCACCAAUGCAGACUCUGAUAUGGUUAAAGUGUACGGUGAUUUCCUGGGCUCGGUGACUGGGCUGGCUGCUCUGCCCCUCUGUGAGACGGAGAGCGGUGACCUUCCACAUGGCGAAUACGCUGACAUCCCCAGACUCGCUGCUGCAGCGUGUACAGUUCUCCAAGCCCUUAUUAGCCGGCUGGGUGAUGGACCGGAAAAUCAACACAGUGACAGGACUUCUACCUCCAUGAGAGCUCUGUCUUGUGCACUUGCGCCUCCUGUCUGCGUGUUUGCUGUGACCCACCUGCAGGAGCAGCCGUGGACUGACGAGUCGUCCCGGACGGCGGCUCUCCAGCUCCUGGACACGCUUGUUCACACGUGUGGCGUAGGGUCGGUCACACAGUUUCUGUGUGAGUGGAACUCUCACGGCCACGCUGGCGUCCUGGGGACCGUGUUGAACAUUCUGAAGCCUCAGAUGCAAAAGGACUGUUGGAAACGAAACCAAUCUACCAAGCAUGUGUUCGCCUGGUUCCUGAUCCAGGUCAGGCGGCCAUGGCUGGCGGAGUACCUGGAGAGCGUCUUCCCGCCCUCUCUCCUCAUCUCUGACGAUUACCGCACUGAAAACAAGGUGCUGGGGGUGUACUGUCUGCAUCACAUCGUCCUGAAUGUGCCUGCAGCUGAUCUCCGGCAGUACAACCGAGCCCAGGUGCUCUACCAUGCCUUGUUCAACCACCUCUACACGGCCGAGGCUCCGCUCAUAGAGGUGGUCCUUCCGUGCCUGCUGGACCUCCUCUCUGUGUUAGAGAAGCCCUGUGGGUGUCCCGAUGCCCCCCGCCGACCCAACCGCUACGACGAAGUGUUCCAGCUCACGCUGACCCAUAUGGAGAUGGAGCAGAAGCUGGCCAUACGUAGGGUUUACGCCCACAACCUCGCCCUUCUCAUCCGCAGGAUGGGAGUUGUCAUCAUUCGCCACCUGAAAAGAUUGGAGAGAGUGAUUGUGGGAUAUCUGGAGGUCUCUGAUGGCCCUGGAGAGCAGUCUAGACUUAGCAUCUUGAAUGUGCUUGAGGAGGUUCUACGGAAUGCCUGGCCGAGGGUGGGCUGCAGGCUGGAGACGCUCUCGCGAGCCCUGCUGAGAAUGAUGUGUGACGUGUCCUCUGAGCCCGACAUGUGUCCACCUGCUGUGAGGGACGAACUUCUGGACAGGACCACACAGUGCCUGCUCUUAUUGGACCACUCCUGUGAAGGUAGAGUCAAGGGUGCCCUCCAGGACAUAGAUGGCAGCUCCUGUCACCCUGCCAUGCUCAGAUGCAUCGAGAAAGUGAGAGACGCCACCUGAGAACCAACAUGGCACGUCAAGGCGUUCCUGUGCAGCAAGAACCGAAGGCGUCGCACAUCCCAGAGAGAGGAUGCUAGUCCUCAUAGCCGCAGAUACUGUGGCCAUCGUGCUCCGUCCUCCUCAGAAGGCUCUCAGCUCACUGCAUUAUCGAUACUGAGGGCUGCAGGAUGAGGUUUGUGUCUUUCUUCCUAAUCACAUGGUUUGUGUGCCAAGAUUAUUUUAAAUAAACCCAGAACUAUCUAAAUACAGAA